CUGCGGCUGGUGUGAGGAGAAAGAAAACUCGCGCAUGCACCGGGGGGGAGGGAGCGAGCGAACGAAGGCACGCGCCAAAGUUUUGCUCCUGCGCGUAAGUCUCGUGCGUGCCCGCAGCGGGUUCAGACCUCACCACGCAUGCGCCUCAGGUCUUUUUCGCGGCCGCGGCGGAGGCUCUUCAGAGGCGAGUCUGCUGUGUGUGUCUAUAUUUAUAGGCUAAGCCGGGAGAUUGACUUCUGUACGUCUGUUUGAAGAAAACUGAAGACUGCAAAUCACUUGGAACUUUGGGGACAUCUCUGUGACAAGAGUUGGAACUUGGUCAUCCUAGCCUUACAAUGGCACUUCCCAAUUGAAAUGGAAAAAGUGAAAGUCCUCCAAGGGCAAUAUAAGAUACUUGCUUUUAUGUCAUCCUGUAAAAACACUUGACAGCUAUGGGUGAAUAUAGCCGUUUUAUAGAUUGGGAUAAAAUGGAUACUACAAUCCAGGACCAGGACACAAAGGAACUGACCAGCACAGAAUUUCAAGACCUGAAACAACUGGCUCGCCAGGGAUAUUGGGCCAAGAACCACUCUUUAAGAGCCAAAGUGUACCACAAACUGAUUAAUGAUAUUGCUUGCCGCACAGUGACUCCAGAUGCCCAUGUCUACCGAGACAUUGUGGUGAAAAUUGCUGGCAAACAGAACAGCAGCAGCCUCCCACUUCCCGAAUUUGUGGAUAACAGCCUUGUUCCCACUUACUGCUUGAAUGCGGAAGGCAUUGUGGCAGUCAGGAAGAUAAUCUCGUGCAUUGCGAGCCAGUUCCCAGACAUAUCAUUCUGCCCAGCUCUGCCUUCAGUGGUGGCCCUCCUCCUCCAUUAUAGCAGAGAUGAAGCAGAGUGCUUUGAGAAGGUUUGCCGCAUCCUCGCCUGCAAUGAUCCCUCCAAGCACUUCAUUGAUCAGACAUUCUUGGCUUUUGAAUCCUCUUGCAUGACUUUUGGUGAUCUGGUUAACAAAUACUGCCAGGCAGCCCACAAGCUGAUGGUGGCGGUCUCAGAGGAUGUGCUAGAAGUGUAUUCAGACUGGCAACGGUGGCUUUUUGGUGAAUUGCCUCUGACUUACGUUGCACGCGUCUUCGAUGUAUUCUUGAUAGAAGGCUACAAGGUGCUCUACCGGAUUGCACUGGCUCUUCUCAAAUUCUUUCAUAAAGUCCGGGUUGGGCAGACCAUGGAGUCGGACAAUGUACAGCAGGACAUCCGGGCUUUUGUUAGGGAUAUUGCAAAGUCGGUAUCUCCUGAAAAACUGCUAGAGAAAGCCUUUGCAAUUCGGCUGUUCUCACGGAAGGAAAUCCAGCUUUUGCAGAUGGCUAAUGAAAAGGCUCUUCAACAGAAAGGCAUAACAGUCAAGCAGAAGAGCAUUGCGUCUCCAAAAAGGCAGAAUGUUCACUUGGCAGUUCAUGCCGAGAAUUUCAAGUCUGAAAUAGUUGAUGUGAAGAAGAUGAGAGACAUCUGGUCAUGGAUUCCUGAACGAUUUGCUCUUUCCCAGCCUCUGCUGCUUUUCACCACCUCAGAACAUGGCUGCAGCUUAAGCAGGUUCUAUUCACAUUGUGAGGGACAUGAACCAACUCUCCUUCUGAUUAAGACAAUAACCCAAGAGGUUUGUGGGGCUUAUUUGUCAACUGACUGGAGUGAACGCAAAAGAGGAGGAAACAAGCUGAGUUUCUUCGGAACAGGGGAAUGUUUUGUGUUCCGGCUGGUGCCUGAAGUGGAACGCUAUGAGUGGGUAAUAAUCAAGCACCCAGAACUAGCUGCAACUGGAUCAGAGCAAGGGAACAAUUCUUCCCAGAUUUCUGACCCUCCAUCCUUAACCAGCCUCCCCUCGGACCCUUCAGACCGCCUUUCCCCCUUCCUUUCUGCCCGGCACUUCAACCUGCCUUCCAAAGCUGCAUCCAUGUUUAUGGCGGGUGAUACUGAAUGCAUCAUCAUAGGUGGUGGUGACGGCCAAGCUCUCUACGUUGACGCAGACCUGAACCAUGGACGGACUGUCCACUGCAACACUUUCAAUAACCAGCCGCUGUGCUCUGAAAGCUUCCAGAUAGCUACCAUAGAGGUUUGGGGUUUCAAGGACACUAUGACCAACUGAGGAGAUCACCCCUUUUUUAAACAACUAGCCCACAGAGCAUCUUAUGAUUCUGAGCACAACUCCAGUUGCGAGAGCCAAGCUUAUUUUUGAAUCCACAAAAUCAGUAGGCUCCUCUUUUUUUGUAAUUUUGAAAGCUAGUUUGCAGGGCCUAGUUGCCCAGCCAUUGUAUUCUUCAUAUGCAAUUUGUAUUUGGCUAUGUGAUUCAUCCUUGGCCUCCUUUUCUUACCUCUGUAAAAGUUGAUGCAUAUCCUGAUAUUUUUGGUAGCAAGAAAGUGGUCUCACUUCUGUACCCAAUUUGAUCUAUAGCUGUGUCAGAGCUGCAACAGGAUUAAGCCUUUGAGAGGCCAGAUGCAUUUCUGAUCUUGGCAGAUGCAUGUUGGCAGCUGGAUUUAUCCAGCAGGGUUUUUUUGGGGGUGGGGGCAGAAGUUUUUAAUUCCUACAAGCGUGAGGUUUGGAUCCAAAGCGACCUGCGUGCAAUCCGAACUGAUUAUGUUGCCGAUUUUAUUUUUCUUUCUCUCCUCCCAACUGCAGCCUUGCCCACUGUGUACCACACCAAUCUAGAGGCUUCCCCAGAUCCUCAAGGGGCAACAGAGGGGAAGGGAAAGUGGAAAAGCCCCAUUGCACAUGUGCAGAACCCUGCAAAUGGAUUGUUUUAUCCAAGCCAUUGUCUUCUAGAGCCUGUUUGCUUCAAGAACUCUGUGAAAAGCACCAUUGUGUGUGUACACACGCAUGCAUAUGCACACGUGCUUACACCAUGCAGCUGACCAUUAUCUUAAUAACCAACCUUCAUUUGACAUUCCAUGGUGUGCAAAGUGAGGCUGAAUGAGUAGUUUGGGAGUACUGACUUCCCUGUCAGUCUGCAGUGCCACCGCUCUGUGGAAGGUGUCUGAUGCAACAGGCCGCCAUCCUGCUUUUCUGUUUACAUUCCUGAUAUUUCAUAUCAGUAAUAUCAUGAUAUUUUUUUAGGGGGGUAGAUUCAGGCAGCUAAUGGCCCACACAGUAUAUACAAUGCACAAAACUACUUCCUCCUGAGUUGUUGCUAUGCAUUUGUGUUGAACAGGAGCUGGGAAGAGCUUGUUGCAGUAUUAGCUAAUUGAGCUGGAACUUUGGCAUAGUCUUUUAAAGUGAAGCUAUUGUAACUGGUUAGGAAAAUGGCUGAUCUGUUGAUUGGCCUCUGUCUUGACUGCAAAUGUGCUGUUUCUUCUCAGGACUCUAGGGGGUGCUGUGUCCUCAGUAACCUGACAGUUUACCCCUCCACUGAAAGCUUCUUGCAUACCAGUGAUAUCCCUUCAGUGCAGGUUGCCACAAAGUAACCAAAGUUGGCCUCUAGGCUGACCUAGAAGCAUUGCCCUCCAUAAUCUCAUCACGUUUGUAGGUUGACCACUCCCUGUUUAUAUCUGUACUGACUGCGAGAGUAGCUUGCUCCUAGCUUAUCAAAUGAAAGAGGGUUCUUUGCCAUAUCGGAUAAGUACACACCUGCAGUAAAGUGGUCAGCUGGGAAGAUGUGGAUUUUUCUUUCACAGUUUAGCUAUUGGCUAAAGUGUUUUGACUUGACAGCGUCCUGUCUAAAGGCUGACACAGCCUAUGGCUGGAAAUGGGGGUGGUGGUAACAGCAAUGGCUGUGUGGCCGUUGCAGAGCUGCUGCAAAACUGCAUUUGGGAGGCUGCAAGCGCUCAGAGCUUGGAGGUAGUUGUCAUCCCUAAGAGAACCAUACAAUAAUAUAUAAUCUGGCUCAUUAUAAGUUUGUUUUGACCCUUUCAAUUUCAAGUGAUGCGGACCAAACACUGCCUAAUUUGAUCGGCUUUGUUUGGAAGUGAAAUGAUGUAGGCAGAGAAGAAGGUAUUGUAUGAUACCUCAGUGUUGAAGCUGAUGGCUUAUGAUGUUUGGAGAGCUUUAUCUGUAACAGUAUUGCCCUUCUCUUAAUGAAAAUUAGUGACAUUUCUGGCUGUCUUCCCCUUCCUCACCCAAAGAUGCAUCUGCAUAAGUGUAUAACACAGCAGAAUCUUCACUGCUUUUUAGUGAACGGCUCCAAAAUAUCCAUCUAAGGUGGAUCAUUUAGGGAAUGGAAAUCUCAGCAAACCAAGCUGAGCAUAUCACCGUACUCAUGCAGAAGAUGGAACAGGUUUCUCAGUGGAUGUUGGCAUUGUGAAAACUUACACGGGUGCUAUGGAUCAUCUAACCUUAUGUGAAGCAGAGCUUUGAACUUAGGGGUUGGAAUGCAACUUGCAUGAAGGGUUCUGCUUAGAGGCUGGUGCAGCAGGUUUGGCAAAAAUAAAAAGUCUUAGUUUUCCUUGUUGUAAUGUUUCCCAAUCUGUUGUAAGUGGCUUUUUAAAAUCAUCAUUUGUCCUAAGCAGUUUCAGAUACUUUGUCUUGAACUCAAGACCCUAUUUGUGAUUUCAUUAAGCAUGCUGAUAGUUUUACCAGAUGUCUUUGAUUGUUGAGAACUUUAUGACUGGGAAGGAACCAUCUACAGGAUCAGUCUAAGUGGUUUCCUGAGAAAUAAUCCCUUCCUUGUCGUACUUUUAAGCCAGCAACGCCUAAAAGGAAGGGAGAGGAAUCCUGGAGAUAGCAAGAAGUUACAUUAAUGUAACUAGGAAUAGUUUCCAACCUACUUCUUCAGGGUAGAUGCAAAUUUCUAGCCUGCCACGGUGGGCUGCUGCAAUGUUAGGAUUUUCUUGGGAAUGUUCAGCAAUUCAUUGAGAACCAUGCUCUUGUUAACAACUGAUACAAACAUAUUAUCAUUGAAAUGGCAUUUCAGCUUUUCUAGCAUACAAAGAGGGGAAUAGACCACAAAGUCACCCUUAAAGAGUUAAAACACCUAAUGCCAGAAAUAUUUUCAAUUUUUGCAAAACACUCAGACCUAUUUGCACAUUCCAUUAGUUGUUAAUCUCAUAAUUGGUGUUAAGAAAUGCACAGAAUCUAUGGAUCUUUUUUUUUCUAAUGCUGAAAUGGAUUCUCCUUCCUGCCUCUUGAUAUGAGUGUUCUAGCUUUCCUCUGGAAUAUAUAUUUAUCCUUAAAAGUCACCAUGGUAAUGUUGUGUUGAUAUUGCAAGCAGGCAAAACUUUUGCCCUCAUGUACAGUUGGGGCAGAGGAACUCUGGUGUUGCAGAUCCAGAUCUGGAAGCUGAGGGAGGUGAACCUGCGGCCAAAUCUCAGCUCUUUCUCUCUUUGCACUGGUUGCUGUGUGUCUCUCUUUUGUGUGUUUUUUGAGAUGAACUUUGUACCUGGCUGUAUCUAAACAUAUGACUGUGCCGAUGUUACUUCUGAUGGAGUAGUGUUGUUUUUCCCUGGAGGCAAUUGUAGGUCUUGCUCACGGAGACUUUUUUCCCUUAUCAUAAAACUCAUGCCUCCCCUUUCCCAAUUGAUGUCAGGUGUCUGUGUCUGUGUGUGAAUCUGUGGCCACACAGAAAUCAAAUUGGCUUUCUCAGAACAAAUAAACUCUGGAUAUGACUUGA